AUGACCGAAGCCUCACCACCAUCCUCCUCAUCGACCCUCCCCUCCUCGCCCUACCCCUACGCCUCCGCCCCAGACAUCAUCCGCGCCCACCAAAAGGACGCCUACUACAAGGGCCACCUCUCAAACACCCUCACAUCCCUCCACCGCCUCCUCCUCGGCGCCCGCUCCGCCCACUCCGCAACCUCCCUCCACCGUCUCCUCGCAGACACCCUCUACCUGGGCCUCACCACGCUACCCGGGAACCGGACCCUCGGCGAGGAGUACUGCGACCUCGUACAGCUCCACGUCGGCGCCGGCGACAACGAUGACAGCGACCCGUCAGGCGCCCUCCCCACCCUCGCCCGCCGCGUAUCCUACAUCGCGACCUCCGUCCUCCUCCCCUACCUAGCAGGCCGCCUCCUCCCAUCAGUCCGCGCCCGCCUACGAACCCUCCUCGAAACCUCCUCCUCCUCUUCCUCCUCCACGAAAUCCUCCUCCACAACUACAACAACAACAACAACAAAGCUCUCCAUCCUAAAAGCAUACCUCCUCACAAACCUCCCCUCCCUAACCUCGGCGGCGCCCCUCCACGCAGCAACCCUCGCAGUCUUCUACUUUUCAGGAACAUACUACGAGCUCGCCAAACGCGUCCUCGGCCUCCGCUACGUCUUCACCCGCCGCGUCCCCGACACCCCAGACCGCGCAGGCUACGAGGUCCUCGGCGUCCUCCUCAUCGCCCAGCUCGCCGUCCAGUCCUACCUGCACAUCCGCUCCACAAUCUCCGACCUCUCCUCCCAGGCCGCCGCCGCCGCCGCGGCACGACAGCGGGCCGUCGGCUCCUCCUCUACCCCCUUGCUCGACGUCUCCCUCGACGCAAAUGCCUACGCCGCCAACACGGGCCUCCUCCUCACCGAAACAGGCACCCCAGGCGGCAACGGCGUCGGCGCAAGCAAAGUCGACAUCUCCGCCGUCACGCACACGCCCGUCGUAACGGACGCCUCCUCCUCCUCCUCCCCGGGCGAGCCCGGCGCGCGCUUCGACCUCAGCGACGAAAAGACAAUGGCCUACAUCUCGGGCGCCGCGCAGAGGAAAUGCACGCUCUGCCUCGAAGAACUCAAAGACCCGUCCGCGACGCAGUGCGGGCACGUCUUCUGCUGGACCUGCAUCGGGGACUGGGUGCGCGAGAAGCCAGAGUGUCCGCUGUGCAGGCGGGAGGCCAUGGUGCAGCAUAUACUACCGUUACGGAUUGCUUAG